AUGUCAGCCUCGAGCAGCUGGAAGUUAACUCCCGAACCCACUGUGGCACCAGUGGCGACAGCCCAGGCGACCUGUUUGAGAGGCACGGCGAAGUCCCUGCAGCGAAGAUUCACUCAACCCCAGCUCCAUACUCAGCUAGGCGUGCAGAUCAGAUGUCUAGACGGUUUGGGGUUUAUGCGCAAGAAAGCUCAGUCGCUCCGUGCUGCCAUCAGCGAGAUGCACAUCGAUCCAAGCCGGCUCGUUUUCUCCCUCUUGUUCAAGAUUAAUGACAGCUUGGGGUAGGAUCUCGAACCCCUGGUCUCUCAACUUCAUGAUGCGCGGAUCCUGAAGGGGGUUUAUACUGCCAUCAAGGAAGAUGGAAGAUGGAAAUGCGCCCAGCGAAUUGCUUGGCAAGGUGACCAAAGUUGACAUCAACAUCCACCUCGGUGUCGAGAGCGCUCUUGGCGACGAGCAUGCCGACCCUCUCGAAGCUUCUUUGUUUGUAGCCGUGACAGAAC